CAUGGAGGAGAAGAAAGUAUCAGUAGAUUAAAAAGCCUAAAAAAAACCAGGAAAAUAGGUUGCACAGUUGGUAAUAAUGAAAAUAAAGCAUAAUUUUAGUCAGAAUAAGAUCUUGAGUUGAAAACAAGACUGGAAUAAUAUGUGGAGGAGAUCAUUUAAAAUAAUACAGAAAGUUUAGAGAAGUUAAAGACAGAAGUACGUACAGCAACAACUUCAAUGACUUCAGUGCCAAAGCCAUUUAAAUUUUUAAAGGAAUCUUAUGGAAGAUUGGUUGAGUUUUACAAUGGAUUGGAGACAUCAAGAUUUAAAGUAAGAAUGUAGUAUCUAAAAUAUAGAAAUAAUUGGCAGAUUUUUUAUCUGUAUUGGCAAUGACUUAUGGAGGUGAUAGAGAUUCAUUGUUAUAUCUAUAGGAGGGAACAUUAGAAGAAUUCAAAUUUUGGGGACAUGAGUAUCUAAGUCAUUUAGCUGCUAAUAUUGGAUCAGAAUUCUAAAUAAGGUUACAAAAGUAAGAGGGAGCUGACGAUUUACUAUUUUUAGUAGAUGAAAUAAUACCAUAUUUUAUGGAUCAUAAUUCAGAACAUGAUGCAAUUGAUUUAUUAAGUGAAGUGGAUUAAUUAUAAAAAUUAGAAUAAGUAUUGAUUUUAUAUCUUAUCAUUAGUAUGUAAAUCAAGUAAAUAUAUAAAGAAUUUUGGUUUACUUAUUAAGUAUAGUUCCAUUUUCUUCAGAUUAAGAUGAAUUAGAUAUUUUACUUGUUACUGCCUAUAAUAUUUGUUUGAAAGUUAACGAAUAUACUAAUGCUUUGAGAAUUGCAUUACGUAUAGAUAAACCAGGAAAGGUUGAAUAAGUAUUUGAAGCAUGUUAAGAUCCAACAAUAAAAAAAUAAUUAGCAUUCUAGUUGGCUAGACAUAGAUAUUAGAUAGAUGAAGGUAUUAUUAAUGAUGAGACUUUGAAAAAGAUUGCAGCAAAUCAAUAUUUGAGUUAAUUCUACAUAAAUUUGGCUAAAGAUUUAGAAGUUCUGGAACCUAAGACACCAGAUUAAGUUUAUAAGGCUCAUUUAGAGGAGAAGAAUAAGGAAGCCAACUUUGAAUAAAUACAAAAAAAUUUAGCAGCUACAUAUUGCAAUGGAUUUGUAAAUGCAGGAUUUAAGAAAGAUGCAUUGAUGAGCAAUAAAGAUAAUCCAUGGUUGAAUAGUGUUAAAAAUGAUCAUACAGCUAUUGCAGCUGUUGCAAGUAUUGGAUUAAUCAAUUUAUGGAAUAUUGAUAAUGGAACAGAAUAAAUUUCUGAAUAUUUUGAUUUAAGUGAUAUCUAUACAAAAGCAGGUGGUUGUAUAGGAUUUGGAUUAUUUUGUAGUGGUAUUGUGGAUGAAAAUUAACCAGCUUAAGCCAUUUUAUUAGCAUAAUUAGAAAGUCCUGAAGUUUAGGUAAAGAUUGGAGCUGUUAUGGGAUUAGGAUUAGCUUAUGCAGGAUCAGCAAGAGUAGAAUUAUAAGAGUAAUUGAUAAGUGUACUUAUUGAGACAGCAGAUAGUGUUGAAUUAGCUGCUAUGGCUGCAUUAUCUUUAGGUUUAAUAUUUGUUGGUAAAUGUAAUGAUGAAGUUGCAAAUGCUAUUCUUUAAGCAAUGAUGGAAAGACCAGAAUCAUAAUUAGAUAUAUCUAUAUCAAGAUAUUUUGCAGUUGGAUUAGGAUUACUUUAUCUAGGUUAAGCAGAAGCAGCAGAUAUUGCAAUCGAAUCACUUGCUUUAAUUCCUCACAAAAUUAGUAAAUAUGCAAAAGUCACCUUAACUUCACUUGCAUAUGCAUCAACAGGAAAUGUAUUGAAAGUUCAAGAGCUACUUGGAUAUUGUUCAGAAGUAACAUCUGAUGACAAGGGCACUAAGAUAGAUAAGAAUUAUGAACUUUAAUAAGUAGCCAUUUUGGGAAUUGCAUUAAUAGCAAGUAGUGAAGAUAUUGGAAGUGAAAUGGUCUAUAGAAUCUUCUAACAUAUAUUGUAGUUUUCAGAUGUGGAAGUCAAGAGAGCAAUUCCUUUGGCUGUAGCUUUAAUUAAUGUAUAUAUAUUUUUAUAUUAAUUAUUUAGAUAUCAAAUCCAAAGAUAUAGCCUAUGGAUCUUCUUCUUAAAUUGGCUCAUGAUAGAGAUUAAGAAUUGUCUUAUAGAGCAACAUUGUCAAUGGGUUUAUUGGGAGCAGGUACAAAUAAUUCAAGAAUUGCUGAUAAAUUAAGAGGAUUGGCUGUUUACUUUAUGAAUGAUUCUAAUGGUUUAUUCCUUGUAAGAAUUGCUUAAGGAUUAUUACAUAUGGGUAAAGGACUUUUGACACUUCAACCAUACUAUUCUGAUAAAUUCUUAAUGAAUAAGGUAGCUAUUGCUGGAAUUAUUUCAUUUUUACAUGGAUGUUUGGACAUAAAGAAUUUGAUUUUGGAAAAAAAUCAUACAUUACUCUAUUAUUUAGGUAUUGCUAUGUAUCCAAGAAUGUUCUUUACAGUAAUUAUUAUCUUGUAAUAUAUAGUUAAAUGAUAAUCUUGAAAAUCUACCUGUUUAGGUACGUGUAGGAUAAGCUGUAGAUGCAGUUGGAUAAGCUGGUAAACCAAAAAGAAUAACAGGAUUUCAAACUCAUACAAGUCCAGUUAUUGUUAGUGCUGGAGAAAGGUAAUAUUGAUUAUAUUAUUCAAUAGAGCUGAAUUAGGCAAUGAUGAAUAUAUGCCAGUUUAAGAUAUGAUCUUAGAAAACUUUGUUAUUUUAAAGAAGAAUCCAGAUUAUAAACCAGAAAUUGAUUAACCAUAGCGUAAAAAGACUAGUUUUAGCAUGUGAUU